UAAAAAUGACAGAUGCAGGACGUUCACAUAAGCGGAAGAAAUUACGAUCUUCGUGCAGAUAACUUGUGCUGGAUAAAUAAGAUAAUUUGUGCUAGAUAACUUUGAAAAUUUUACAAAAUUUAUAUCUAUAAAACAAUGGCUCUCAAUACAUAUCGUAGAAAAUCAUCAUAACUAGGGCUGUAACGUUUACUAUGAGUUCAAAGUCCAAUUCUGUGUAACUGUAUUGAAUCGUACAAAACACAGAGCGCGGCCUUGGCAAUGUUAUUCUUGCGCGGUGGCCGGCGCGUCACUCGUGUUCAUGAAACCCGUCUAAUGUGUAACAAGUGUAGUGAAAUAUCUUUAGAUAUUGUGCAAAUAUUAUAUAACUCAAUUGUUAAAGUACACUUCAGAUAUUUUAAUAUAGGUACAUGAAGUGGAACAUCUACCCACACUGACUCGUGACAGUUUGUGAUCGAUAAAAAUUAUAACCUCUCUCUCAACAAUUUUGACAUGUAGAGAAAUUGAAAACAAGAGAAGUGAAUCGAUAUUUUUUUUAAGUUUUAUCUGUGUUGACGUAAAACCACCUGGGACCGGAAUCAUGGCCAAACGCUUGUUAUGCCGCAUGAUUUUGAACUCUAAUACAACCACAAUAAAAUCGUCGUUGCUAGUACUCAGUAAAAAAUUGCAUAGUCAGGUACCAACUAAAGAAAUCCAGAUCCCUGUUAAGUUUGGUCAUAUUGCGGGAAAGCUAUGGGGCAACAGUAACGAGCGACCAAUCCUGGCAUUACAUGGAUGGCAAGACAAUGCAGGGACCUGGGACCCCCUGAUCCCCAUGAUCAUAAAAGACAGACCGAUACUGGCUCUGGACUUCCCUGGACACGGAUUUUCAUCGUGGAUUCCUCCUGAUAUGCAGUACUACCAGUGGGAAUUGCCGAGAAUUAUUUUGUAUCUGAAAGAAUACUUCAAAAUGGAGAAAGUAUCAAUAUUAUCCCAUUCUAUGGGAGCGAUAGCUUCCAUGCGUUUUGCAUCUGUGUUCCCAGAUGACGUUGAUUUUUACAUUGCUGUAGACAGCCUUAUUUACGACGAUUACGAUUUAGAUGCCGUAGUAAGUAAAAUUUCCAAAACAAUGAAAAAAGCUUUAAUAGCCCAGACACGGCUUAAUGAUGAGCCACCAGGAUACACUUUAGAAGAAAUUACUAAAAUAUGGCAUUUGGGCACAAGGAAGUCUGUGGCUUUGGAAAGUGUUCAGCACUUACUGAAAAGGGGAAUAAAACCAACAAAAGCGGAUCCCAAUAAGUAUUAUUUCUCUCGAGACUCAAGACUCAAGUAUACAUUGUUCAAUCCAGAGGAUAAAAAAUUUGUUGAAGCCCUCGUGAGGAGACUGAAAUGUCCGACGUUGUAUAUCAAAGCAAUAGACUCUCCAUAUUCUGCUGACGCUUAUUCUAUAGAAAUGCGCGAAAUCUUAGAGCAAAACAAUGAAAACUAUGAAUUUCAUUUUGUACCCGGUACACAUCAUGUUCACUUAAACAAUCCCGAAUUAGUAGCUCCUCUUAUUAAAAAUUUCAUUAGAAAUCAUAACUUAAGUCUUUAAAUGAUUAUGCUAUCAUUUAUGUUACACAAUUAAUUUAUGUCUGUAGAAAGAAACCAGGGUCAGUAUUGUUUUCCGAUACUUACUCAAAUACGUUAUUUAUUCUUCAAUGUUGUUUUUAUUGUGUGUUGCACAAAGUUAUUUUAUAUGCAUUUUUUCAAGCAUUAUAAAAAUAUAAGAAAAUAACUACAUACACAUGAAUUAAAUGAGAAAAAUUCGACUAGUUUCAAAUCACGUAUCGCGUUUCUUGCGUUUUUAAAGCCGUGGGCGUCGCCGUCGCGUCGCAGAGAAAUCGUGCAGCUGGCUGAGUCCACGCGAUAGGCUUGAAACUAGUCUCUCAGUCAAUUCACAAAAUCCGUAUUUUCAAUAAAUUGAGUGAGUUUGUCUCACUGCGCUAAUUAUAAAAAUAUAUAUAUAAUUAUUGUAAUUUUUUGAUAUUCAUGUUGCUUAGGAAUGUAUCUGUUCAAUCUAGUUACAAACGUUAAAUGCUACAAAUAAAAUACACUAGUCAUAUUUGUUGUUACAUUCUAAAUAAAUACCAUAUUAUGUAGAUAUGUUUAAUAUAAAUAAAUUUAAUAUUUUUUACAUAUAAAAGACAUAAUUAAUCAUAAAAACUACAGAUAAUGUAUACUUUUAGUAUAAAUCAAUUUGAGGUUUCACUAGUACAUGAAAUGUCUAAACUGGAAUUACUAACACUGUCACAAACAUGUGCACCUUUUCUUAGAGGCAGAACUUUCAAAAGUGCAUCUUGCCACGGCACUCCUUCACAUACUCGUAGGACAAUCUCAAACACUGUGAAAAGAAAAAAGAUAUUAUUUUAUAUGUGUUGUCCUUGUUAAGGUUUUUAAGAUAAAAAUAGUGUGUAUAGACUUCUAACUUAAGUUGCUAUUUACCAUGAUCAAUUGUCAGCACUUUUCUAGUUUUCAUGUUGAUGUAUUUAUCCAAUGGUAGUUGUGCAUGUCUUAUACCUUGUUCUACAGCUAUUUUAUGGCAGAGGCCCUGAAACAACAUUUAUUUGUAUUUAUUAAAUAAGUACUACCACAUAAAAGUGUAAAAAGUGUAAACCUUUGGUAUGCCAGUAC